UGCAGUGGUGGAGGUGUCAAAUAGCAUGCAAGAAGAGUGUAGGUGAAUAGUGAAUACUAGAGUAAAUGGUGUAUAUAUUUUUUGAAUAAUGUAGAUCACAAGUUUCAUUGUUAUGAAUUGAUUUUUAUAUGUCUGAUGGCUACGGCGCGCUUCAUCGGCAGACAUUUAAAUGUAAUGUUUUUAGCUGACAGCGUUUGACACUAUAAAUCAAAUUGUUAGCUGCCGUCAUCCCUGUAUAAAGCUGCUCAGAUGUCUGGAAGAGAUGACAUGUACUUCCCACCGCCACCUCCACCUGUUAUGCCUGUUUUGCUCAAUAGCAUCCCGCCGAUAAAUCCGAUUAGUGCGUGUGGCUUCAUUACUGUACCAGUCAGUGUAAUACCAUGCGGAUUUCAGCAUCCGGAGCAAGAGUUAUUUGAGGCAACGAGACUGCUGUGGGAACGAGAAAGAAGCGAAUAUCCUCCAGAAGUAUUAUGUUACAACCACAUACAGCCAAUACUUCAAGAUGGACCAAAAUGUGGGCUUGUCGCUCUCAGUAUGGCUUCGACUUUGACAAGGCAGCCGCUGUCUGUGGAGCAACUUUUCUGGAAGGCAGUUAAUCGUGGCUUCAGUCACCAUGGAGAGAUGUUUUCUGUGGACAAUAUGGCAGCACUAGCAGCAGAAACAUUGCAAGACAGUUGUCAGCAAGUUGAGGUACUGAACAGAGGACUUGGUCAUGAUGUGACAUACAUUUUAGGUCAUCUUGCUCAUGGUGCAAUUCUUCUUGUCCCCUAUGAUGCAGAUGCUAACCACGCACCAUGUCUUAGACGUGGACACAAAGCUCACUGGGCUGCUGUGUGUGGGGCAGUAAGACUGGACUCAUCUGCUGUUUAUGUAGUUGCUCGACAGGGAAAGAGUCGUCGACUGGCUUUGUGGUCAUAUGAAGAACUCCGCCUCAGCAAUGAGAACCUCAUUGAGCUUGAUCCGAUACGAGCAGCUGAUGGCCGUGGAUAUGUAUUGCCUCAUGGUGGUGUCGCAGCAGGAUUACGUGGACGUGCCAUUCUCUUACAUGGCCUCAAUUAGUUUACUAGAUAUUUUGUGCACACCAGUGCCAUAAUCCAUCCUUUUGUGCUGGGCAUUGCUGCUUACUGAUGGUUGUCACGGUUGAUGUUACUGAUACAAAUAGUAGUUCUUUUAAAUUAUUAGUGUUCACUGAAGUUCUUCAUUCACAGUUGUGUGUUGCUUAGAGUUAACUUCCUGCUUAUAAGGAGAGAGAUAAAGAUAGGGGCAAAAUGAAUUCUUUACAGAACCAUGCUUUUAUUAUUUAAGGUAUUAUUUGAAUUUAUUUCUGUUCUUAUCAUGGAUCAAGAUUUUUUACCUCACAGGCGUUAAUUUGUGGCAUUUAGACAGUGGAUUUAUCAUGUAAUAUUUUGGUACUGAUGUCACUUGUCUGGUUGCCUUGUUUCUUCUGUGGCUGCAUUAUUUUGGGUAUAUUGAAAUAAGUACAGUUACACUAUGUGUAGUAGGCAUUGCAGGUACAUUGAUUAUUGGGAUAGGUAAUGGCUUACCUUCACAUGCAGCUUAAUGUCAUUUAAUUUUUUUAGUUGCUGUAUGUGCCAACUUUGUGAACACUUAAAUGUAAACCAGCUUACAUUGUUAAACUGAACUAGUCUGAUGCUACAAGUUAAUGACGACAAACAUGUAAACUAAAAUAUUCUUUUUUAUUUUGUGGUAUGUAAUUUUCUCAUCUGUCUUAAAUGUAAAAAAGUUUCUGGGUCGAUUAGAAGACAAUACUGCAAUUUGCAGAUUUUUAAGUCGUGUAUUGUAAUAUUUCAACGUGUUGUGCAGUAUGAAACUGAAUAGUCGUGUGUAAUGGAAUUUUUGGACUCAUUGAUAGACGUAUAAUACUCACCGAAUAGCAAUUAAAAGCAGCAUUUCUAGCUGUGACACUAUAUUGUUGCAAAAAUUUCUCUUUUGGCCAUUCUUUUUUUGGUUUCUGGGAUCACAUGAAUGUGAUGACUUGAGUGAUUUUUGGUUUGCAUCACCAUUAACAUUUGCAAUGCUGCAAUCAAGAGUUUUUGUCAUUGUGAAUGAGAACUUGCAAAUAUAUGAAAAGGAAUUACUUCAAAGUUUGUAUUCCUGUUGAAAUACAUUUUUCUCAUAAUGUGAUUUGAAAUUGUGCACCACUGAGUAUCAUAACCAUACAGUUCUUCAGCCUGCAUUUAACUUCUCUUUACUUUUUUUUAAUUGCCUCCUUACAUUUGUAAGUCAGUUCAAAGGUUUGAGGAAGGCAACAACUUAUCACCUCCAAUAGGACCAUGCUUCAUAAAGUACUGUGGUGUUCAGACCAACCUUCAGGUUGAUGACAGUUUUACUUUUUACUUACACCUGGAGCAUGUCUCAUUUUUCAGUUGCUCUCAGUGGUGUGGAACCAUUAUAGAAAAAUACUCUGGUGUCAAUUAAGCUCACGUUCUUCCUUACGAAAUGAACAUGCCACCACCUUGAAACUGAUGGUGUUAACGUGCUUCUUCUUCUUCUUCUUCUUCUUCAUUUAAAGCUAGUUUCAAAUUUAAGGUAGAGUUGAAUAAAAAUGCAUUUGAUUCUCAUUUAUGUUAUUUACAGAAAAUAUAUAAAACUGUACUGAGUUUUAUUGUAUUGCAGCUUUGCUUUCCAUUUGUAAAUUAGCAUACUCUAGUCAUAAUAUUGUACACUAAAAGUACCAGUUUGUGCCACAUUUUAAAGGCUUCCAUCAAUGGAGUAUCGGCAGUCUGAUCAUGUAAAAUCCUUUUUCACUAUCUUUUGGGUUUUUGGAUUCGUCAUUCAUAAGGAGGAGUGGGUUGUACUUGACAAAAGAUUUUUACUGAAGAAUUGAAUUGCAGGAUCAUUGUCCAGAUAUAUUGCUAUACUUAGCUUGUAAGUGAACAUUCACGUCUUGCUGCACCAAGAAAUUCUGUUGCUGUGUGUCCUGGUGCAACAUAGUAAAUCCUGCUUCUUCUUGAGGGUCUCUUUCACCACAUAUGUUUAAAGGCUAGUGUGAUUUACAUUUCAUUCUGACCCUGCUCCCCUCCUUGACUUGUUAAUUAUUUGUUUCCAAGUACUUCGAUUACAAAUAUACAGUUAGAGGGAUGAGGUAGUACCGAGCUCUUCAUUGGCUAUAUCCUUUACUUUACCAGGAAGUGAUCUGAAGAUGUUGCUGAUGAAUCUGGCCUACGCACAUAGAGAAAGCAAUUUUAAUUUUAGAAGAAUUGGCUUUUACAGAAUAUAUGCACUGUAUCUUCCUGAUGUUACCUAUUGUGACAACUGGACGAGUAAUUGUUUUCGCUGUGUGUAAUUUCAGGGUGUUAGUUUUGAAUUUGUGAUGUGUGUGUAACCUGUAUUGUUACUGUUCUUCCAUGAUACGUGUAUUUUAUAACAUAUCUGCCUUUCAUAAUUAACAGUCUGUGAUACAAAAGUUUUAUGAACAUUGUAUACAUGCAUUAGAAGGUAUUCAAGUGGACAGUAUUUGCUUUCUUUCCAAAAUAACAAAGUACUGUACUGUAUUGGAUUGUUUAUAUUUGAGUUUUUGUAGAAUACAAUGGAAGAAAAUUUGACGCACUGUAGUUAAUACUUGAUAUUGAAUGUAUAUUAUCCUUCGAAAAUGUAUAUAAGGAAUAAAUAUUUUAUUUUUUU